AUGGACAAGGGCAUGCUGGCAGCGGACUUGGAGGGUCUUCCUGAAGAAGAUAAGCAUAGAAUGGCCACCUUGAUCGACCAGCUUCAGAUUCGUGACAGCCUGAGGAUGUAUAAUUCAUUGGUGGAGAGAUGCUUUACUGACUGUGUAGACACCUUUCAGCGCAAAGCCCUGACCAAGCAAGAGGAUUCUUGUGUUCGUAGGUGCGCCGAAAAGUUCCUUAAGCAUUCGAUGCGCGUUGGCAUGAGAUUUGCAGAGCUUAACCAAGGAGCAGCAACUCAAGAUUAA